GAGGCAUGAAGGUUUCAGGAUGCAGACUUCAGCUCGGGACCACCGAUAACAAGUUAAUACUGCGACAACAAGGACCCGCGUGCGUGCGUGCAUGCGUGUGAGAGUGUGUGUGUGUCAGGAUGAGUUUGGUCUCGGGCUUCCCGCACCACCCGGUCAUGCACCACCACGACAGCCACCACUACUCCCUGCACGCGGCGGCAGGGCGCUGUCACGAGGACACCGGGGCUCCUCCGUACUUCACGAGCUGGCUCAUCAGCCACACGGAUAUGUCUCCCACAGAGUAUGGCCUAGCGCCCGGCUACAGUCCAGAGUACCAUGGCAACAGCGGCGGAGGGGCCACCGGCGGCCUGGACCCGCACCAUCACCACCACUACGGCCCCGGCGGCCUGGUCCCGGGGCCCGGAGCCAUCACCGUGAACGGAGCCGCCGUGGGUAUGCACCACCACCACACACACCCGCGCCCCGUGAAGCGGAGACCCACCGCAAACAGAAAGGAGCGUCGGCGGACUCAGAGCAUCAACUCGGCCUUCGCGGAGCUGCGGGAGUGCAUCCCAAACGUGCCCGCGGACACGAAGCUGUCCAAGAUCAAGACUCUGCGGCUCGCGACCAGCUACAUCUCAUACCUGAUGGACAUCCUGGACAAGGACGCACCGCACGGGGACACGCAGGCCUUUAAGGCCGAGCUGAAGAAGACGGAGGCCCGCGAGGAGCGGCGGAAGAGGGAGGCGGUGGAGAUACCAAAGACGACCUCCUCCUCCUCGACUUCCUCCUCCUCCUCCUCCUCCUCGUCAUCAGCAGCAGUGGUAGAUAAGAAGAGUAAAGGACGGACGGGUUGGCCUCAACAUGUCUGGGCGCUGGAACUCAAACAGUAGCCUCCCUCAUCCUCCUCUUCCUCCUCUUCCUCACCCUGCUCUCCCCCUCUAUGUGAGAGCUGAUGGCGCUUCUCCUCCUCCACAGAUGAUGGGACAAUAAAGAUCGCCUUAAUGGACUAACGGCGUCAUCUUCAUCAUCUCCACCCUCUCCCUCUGUGUGGACCUGCACGCGCCGUGUUUCAGUGUGGAGGCACGCGGACAGUUCACUGACGCUUCGCCUUUUGGAGUUUCUGAUUGAACGUGACGUCAUAUGGCGCAAAAUACGCGUCUUUCUCGGAUCGCUGUUUGGGGGUUUGAUCCCUGAUUUCCACCUUACAAAUCAAAAUACCUUACAACUCACGUUCGGAAAAUAAACCUUUUCAAGUAGUCAAACGAAAACUUUUAACUGAAAAUAAAACCACAUUAAAACAUAGUUUACCGGUAGAUGUUUUCUUAAAAGAUGUUCAAUUCCAAAAUCAUGUUAUUAUUCUAAGAAAUUACAUCAAUAUACGGGAUGUUUAAGUGCCUUAAUUCUUAAAAUCAGUGUUUAAGUGGAAGAAAAAAAACGCCAUGUGUAGCUGAAGAUGCAAAUGGAGCCGUCAAAAUAAACGUCAGGAAUUUUUUUGAAGGUUUGAUGGUUUAUUACCACCUUCAAUUUAACCCCAGAAAUUAAAUAUUUUCAAGAAAUUGGAUUGAAGACUGUCACUAAUUUUGUAAGCAGUUUAAAUUCUCACAUCUUAAGGUUGUUUCAAACCCAAAUUAUGUUUUAUUGCUUAGCUUCCCUGUACUUUUUUUGCGCCUUAACCUGUAAAAAUCACAAAGAGAACAAACACUACCAUGUGCAUAUUUGAGGGAUGCACAAGAGCCACCUUGUGCAUCAAAAUGAGACGUUAAAGGGGCGAGACAGAGUGUCAGAAAUUAACAACCUGGGAUGAGAGCAUGUAUGAAACAGUCGCUUCUUUGGUGGAUAUUUGUAGAAUUUGAAAAACAAUUCUCUACAGUUUUGUUUAAAAAAAUAACCUUUAAAACCUCAUCAGAUAAAUAAGUGUUCAGUUGUUUACUUAAGUUGUCUUAAUGGGUGUUUGAUUUACACUUUAAAUUUACCUAAAAAAAUACACACAUUGAAGAAGUUUAAUAGAAGAUUUGGACUGAAAAUAAAAAUAAAAUUAAGAAAUAAUUUACCGGUUAAGUUUGUUUAAAGUGAUUUGAUUCCCGCGUUUUGUUAAUAUUAAAGCAAAAGAUGUUAUCAUUCAAACCUGAAUCAAGAAGUUUUCAGUGCAGAGUCAUAAUCAGAGUCAGAGUGGAAGAAAACAAAUCAUAAAUCUGCAAGAGAUGCAAAAGAGCCACAAAGUGAGACAUCAAAGAGGCGGGGCUAAGCGUUAGAAACUAUCAAGGGAGAUAAUUUGUUGCCUAUUGAUGAAUUCUUAAGGCCCUGUGUCCACCUAGUGUUUUUGGUUUUUAUGAGCACCCGCAUCUUUUUUCAGUUGUUUUAAAUAAGCAGAGAGCGUUCGCAGCAGAAAGCGGCCACCUGAAGAAAAAAACGCAGCACAAGCGCCUUUUUUUCCGAGCGCGCCACCUUUUUUGUGCGGCCACUCCAAGAGCUGAAGUUGAAAAUCUUUCAGCUUUUCAGAAAGGCGCUGCUGAAAUCAUCAGCUGCUUUUUCCAAAUGUCAAGUAUUCCCCGUAUUGGUGCCGCCUACAGAUCAUGUCUCUGUGUCUGAUUGAGAAUUAAACGAUCUCAAAUAAAUAAACAAACAGGAAAAAGGAACGGAGCAGUGUCGGUCAUACAGCAGUCGUUUUCAAC